GAUUUGGCGUAUGCUUCAUGCUGCAUUACACAUUAAUGGCGGAUGAUUCUCUACAUGUCUUUCUUAAGUGACCCGCUUGUCCACUUUAAUUUUUAUUUACCGAGAUAUCACACUGUGACGAUCACAGUGUGACAUGUGCAAUAUAAAUACAGUGAAUCAGGUCAAAGCGUAGUUGUGAAUUGUUAAUAAAUGCAAAAUCAAGACGUUUUGUUUAAAGCCUUUUGAGCAUUGUUAUUCUUAAGAAAAUUGCUAAAGAAAUGGCCAAUACCGGAGUUCUUCCAUUCGUUCGAGGUGUCGACUUCAGCAGCAAUGAUUUUGGAGAAGGGAAGUUCCCAGAGUCAGUCAGACUUAUGACUGGAAUUCAAUGGUUAAAACUAGAUAAAACAAACCUUACCGAAAUUCCUGAGGAAAUGGGAAAAUUGUUGAAGCUGGAGCAUCUGUCGCUGGUGAAAAACAAGCUGGAACGUCUAUAUGGAGAAUUGACAGAACUUAGUUGUCUUAGAACUUUAAAUAUUCGUCACAAUAAUAUAAAAACCAGUGGAAUCCCAGCAGAAUUAUUUCAUUUAGAAGAAUUAACGACUCUGGACUUAAGCCAUAAUAAUUUGAAAGAGGUACCAGAAGGAUUUGAAAGAGCUCGAUCCCUACUAAACCUCAAUUUAAGCCAUAACCAUAUUGAAACAAUUCCAAAUACCUUAUUUAUUCACCUUACGGAUUUGCUCUUCCUUGACUUGAGUCAUAAUCAACUAGAAACGUUGCCACCGCAAACGCGUCGUUUAGCAAAUUUGCAGUCUUUAAAUCUAAAUCACAAUCCACUGGGUCACUUUCAAUUGAGACAAUUACCAUCCCUGAUGAAUCUGACUACGUUGCUAAUGAGAGAUACUCAAAGAACUCCAAAUAACAUCCCAUCGAGUUUAGAAAGUUUAACAAAUUUGCAGGAACUCGAUUUAUCACAAAAUGCACUGCUAAGAGUACCGGAUGCUCUCUAUUCUCUGGCAAAUUUGCGACGAUUGAAUCUUAGUGAUAACCAGAUUACUGAACUGUCAACUGCGAUAGAUUCGUGGCAAAAAUUAGAAACAUUAAAUCUCUGCCGUAACAAACUUACUGCACUACCGAGUUCUCUGUGCAAAAUCUCAACACUGCGUAGAUUAUAUUUGAACGACAAUGAAUUAGAUUUUGAAGGUAUCCCGUCUGGAAUCGGAAAAUUAUCUUCACUGCAGGUCUUUUCCGCAGCCAAGAAUCAUCUAGAGAUGAUACCUGAAGGAUUAUGCCGAUGCGGUUCUCUCAAGCAAUUGAUUUUAACUUCGAAUCGUCUGAUCACGGUUCCUGAUGCGAUUCAUCUUCUCACUGAUCUCGAGCAGCUGGAUCUGCGGGAUAAUCCUAACCUGGUGAUGCCACCAAAACCUAGUGAAGUCCAGAAAGGUUCUGGAAUUGAAUUUUACAAUAUUGAUUUUUCGCUCCAACAUCAGCUAAGAUUAGCUGGCACGAACGUGCCUGCACCAGUGCAAACAGCCAACAGUAGCAAAGAUAGAAUUGCUCGUAAAAUGAGACUGAGACGUAGAAGGGACCAAGAAGAGGCUGAUCAGGAUCAGGCAAAGAUAAUCAAAGGAAUGAAGGAUAUCGCUAAAGAUAAAAAUAAAGACAAGAACUUAAAAUUGGCUGAAGACGCAAAGGCUGAGUCGGUAAAGCCAAAACGUUGGGAUGAAACCUUGGAAAAGCCGUCCCUCGAUUACUCGGAGUUCUUCGACGAAGACGUGGGUCAGGUUCCUGGUAUAUCCAUAUGGGAAAUCGAGAAUUUUUUACCUAAUCAAAUCGAGGAAGUGGCGCAUGGAAAGUUUUAUGAGGGGGACUGUUAUAUUAUUUUAAAAACCGUCGUAGACGAAGCUGGUUCACUUUCAUGGGCUAUUUACUUCUGGAUAGGCGAAAAAGCGACGUUGGACAAACGUGCUUGCGCCGCUAUUCACGCUGUCAACCUUCGAAAUUUCCUCGGCGCUCAAUGUCGGACAAUUCGUGAGGAACAAAGUGACGAAUCAGAUGAAUUUCUUCUUCUUUUUGAUUCGGAUAUAACUUACAUCGAAGGUGGAAGAACGUCAUCUGGUUUUUAUACUGUUGAAGAUAUAGCAGCAGUUACUAGAUUAUAUCGGGUUCAUGCAGCUGGUGCAUCAAUUCAUCUUGAACCGGUAACCGUCGCCGCAGAAUCACUAGAUCCAGGAUACGUUUUCAUUCUGGAUAUCGGAACCAAAAUCUUUAUGUGGUAUGGGACAAAAGCAAAGAACACUUUAAAGUCUAAGUCUCGACUAAUGGUAGAGAAGAUUAAUAAAAAUGAGCGUAAGAACAAGGCAGAUAUCCUGACAGAGCUUAUGGGUACGGAGUCAGAAGAUUUUUGGAAGUGUUUAGGAGUCGAUGGAGAACCACCAGAAAUUAUUGAACACGUCGAUCCCAAUUUCACGCCUAUUACGCCAAGAUUGUACCAAGUGAAACUUGGUAUGGGAUACCUCGAGUUACCCCAGGUUGAGGUUCCACAUGGGAAACUUGUUAAUACGCUACUUAAUAAUAAGAAUGUUUAUAUAUUGGAUUGUUAUUUGGACAUUUAUGUUUGGUUUGGAAAGAAGUCCACGAGACUAGUCAGGGCUGCAGCAGUGAAACUGUCUCAGGAAUUAUUUAAUAUGAUAGAUAGACCAGAGUAUGCUAUGGUUACAAGACUUCAAGAAGGAACUGAAUCACAAAUAUUUAAAUCGAAAUUUACUGGAUGGGAUGAAGUCAUUGCUGUGGAUUUCACAAGGACUGCUGAGUCUGUUGCAAAGACAGGAGCUGAUUUAACAAAAUGGGCAAAGAAACAGGAGUCAAAGGCAGAUCUGGCUGCUCUGUUUAUGCCAAGACAACCGAUGAUGUCUCCUGUGGAGGCGCAACAGUUAAUGGCUGAGUGGAAUGAGGAUUUACAUGGAAUCGAUGCUCUUGUUCUUGAAGGAAGGAAAUUCGUGAGGCUUCCUGAAGAGGAACGUGGUCACUUUUAUAGCGGAGACUGUUAUGUCUUUCUCUGUCGAUAUUGGAUGCCUUUGGAUGUUAUGGAUAAUGAAGAGGAUGAUGAACAGUACGAGAAUGAUUUUCAAUACACAGUUUACUUUUGGCAAGGUCGGGAUGCAGGCAAUAUGGGCUGGCUAACAUUUGCAUUUGGUCUACAGAAGAACUUCAAAUCACUUUUUGGAAAGAAUCUGGAAGUUGUCCGCACACAUCAGCAACAAGAGAAUUUAAAGUUUAUGGCUCACUUCGAACGUAAAUUUAUUAUUCAUCAAGGUCGACGAAAACAGCCAAAACCACCUGGUGGAAGUAAAGUUGAAUUUUAUCACCUGCGUAGUAGUGGUAGUGCAUUGUGUACUAGACUCAUCCAGGUGCCACCUGAUGCGUCUUUAUUGAAUUCUACUUUUUGUUAUAUUUUAAACGUUCCAUUUAACAACGACGAUGAGAGUGGCAUCGUCUACGUUUGGAUUGGAUCAAAGGCAGAUCCUGACGAAGCAAGGUUGAUUGAAGAGAUUGCUGAGAAAAUGUUCAACAAUCCUUGGAUCAGUCUACAAGUUCUGAACGAAGGUGAAGAACCAGAUAAUUUCUUCUGGGUUGGUCUUGGUGGAAAGAAGCCUUAUGACACUGAUGCAGAGUAUAUGAAUCAUACAAGAUUGUUCAGAUGCUCAAACAAUAAAGGAUACUUUACUAUCAGUGAGAAAUGCACUGAUUUCUGUCAGGAUGACUUGGCUGAUGACGAUAUCAUGAUUCUGGAUAACGGAGAGCAAGUCUUCCUGUGGCUCGGAUCAAGAUGCUCCGAAGUUGAAAUUAAGCUGGCUUAUAAAUCGGCGCAGGUUUACAUUCAGCAUUUGCGCGUGAAACAGCCGGAAAGGCCACGUAAAUUAUGUUUAACAGCAAAGGGAAAAGAAUCGCGUCGUUUUACAAAAUGUUUCCAUGGUUGGGGUUUACACAAGAGGCCACCCGAAUGAAAACGAGCAAACAUGAAAAAGAGAAGAAAAGUAUAACGCUGUUGCUUAAGUACGUACUGUUUAAUAAUGUUCUAUCGCGCAAAUCAAAAAACAUAAAGCUCGGUUUGAGUCAGGUCGCCACUGUAUAUAAGAUAGUACUUGAUUGUAUUUAUUUUAACUGUUUGAAUGGUAUGUUUGUAUUUUUUUUGGAUUUUCUUCACAAUCCUCUGCCCUUGCAUUUAUUCAUACAACCGAAGGAUAGUCACUAGAGAUUACAUAUGGAACUACCACAGUUAUUCCAUGAGUAAAAGAUCCAGCCUAGGCAACUCUUUCACUUUAAAAGUCAUAGGAAGGAUAUUCCAAAAGCUCUUUUACUUGUGGAUAUGCUAUAGUUACCGUCAUAUAACUCUUUAAGAGAAUUUCGAAACUAUUUAUUUGCUGAAUUGAGCAUCAGGCUAGUAGAGGCCUUUGAAACAGGAAGAAAACUCGAUGCUGUAUUAUAGUUUCUCAUCGCAAAAUAUAAUUUAUUUAAAGCAUAAAUAUAUUUGUAUACGUCUAUAGGUACUUGUACGAUUAACGAUUCUCGCACUGACCUUUGUCAUUUUUGUAAAUAAAUAAAUCUGAAAC